AUGGUGGUGCCUGGUUUGUCCUCUGAAGUACGCCAUGACUGGACUAUAGCAGAGGUACAGACGAUCUACGACCAGCCACUUCUUGAGCUUGUAUACAAGGCAGCGACCGUGCACCGCAUGCACUUUGACCCGACAGAGGUACAACAAUGCACGCUGCUUUCUAUCAAAACUGGCGGAUGUACAGAGGAUUGCAAGUACUGCUCUCAGUCUUCGCACUACAAAACCUUUGUCAAGCCUGAGCCUACAAAAAAGGUGCAAGAAGUGGUCGAAAUAGCGCGCCGCGCUAAAAUGGCGGGCAGCACUCGCUUUUGUAUGGGAUCAGCUUGGCGUGAAGUAGGAAAAAAAAAUGCAUUUCGUCACAUUUUGGAAAUGGUGCGGCAAGUCAAGGAUUUGGAUCUCGAGGUGUGCUGUACACUGGGUAUGUUGACAGAGGAGCAGGCUGUGCAGCUGAAGGAAGCUGGACUUUCAGCCUAUAACCAUAAUCUUGACACUAGUCGUGAGCACUAUGCUAAUAUCAUUACUACUCGCACGUAUGAUGACCGUUUAGAGACGAUCGCAAAUGUUCGCAAAGCUGGGAUUUCGGUUUGUUGUGGAGGCAUUUUGGGUGUUGGGGAAAACGAAAUUGACCGUGUUGGUCUGCUGCAUACACUCGCUACUAUGGAUGAGCACCCUGAGUCUGUACCCGUGAAUGCGCUCGUGUCUGUUGAAGGCACACCUCUCUUUGACAAGAACAUUUUACCUGUCACGGCUACCGAUAUGGUACGUAUGAUUGCUACAGCUCGGAUUUUAAUGCCCAGGACUAUGGUACGCUUAAGUGCUGGGCGCAUGUCAUUUACGGAUGCAGAACAAGGAAUGAUGUUUAUGGCGGGCGCUAAUUCGAUUUUCAACGGUGAUACGCUACUUACGACAGCCAAUCCUGCGUUCGAAAAGGACAAGAAACUAUUUGAAAUGUUUGGACUGAAGGGAAAACCGGCUUACCAUCCACACAAGUUAACACCAUACAUUGUCGAGGUGACGCAUUCUAUGCCUGCUACGACUGAGGCUGUGGCGUAA